CCUUUGUUCUUUCUUCACUGCACGUAAACUUCACGUUUUUUUUUUUUUUUUUGGCCACUGGCAUCGAUCUUCAAUCCAUUCCAUGCCUAAGCUCGAGCUCGAAGGGGAUUACAGCGAUCGGUUUCUCUUUAAUGCCAAAGCAGGAACCCAACCUGAGUCCAAGGAUCUCACUGCACAAGAUCAAGAGGAUUUAGUGUCACAUUGGGCCAGCGAAAUCGAGAAUGAUCCAAGCAAGCUGCAGCAAUUAGCGUCGCAGGUCGUACGCGAGCAGAAAGUACAAAACAACAACUUCAAAACCGUCCAAAUACAACCUAUAGCUGGCUUUGUAUGCAAGACCAAAACUACUACAGCAUUGAAAGGGUUCCCCAUAGGGACUAAGGUGUUUAUUAACAUUUGCCAUGCUCCAGAGGUACCCGAACCGACGCCGACAGCCACUGAAAAGGAUAUCCAAAAAGCAUUACGAGCGGAAGAAGGAGCCAAUUACCAGGUGCCGAUGAGUCUCGGAGCGACUCGAUAUGAUUUCGACCAUGCCGAGAAAGCAUGUAUGGUCAUUGAUGCAUGUAUCCAUACCCAACCGUUCUUGCGUGCAGAGCGGGAUCUCGAUUAUCGACUCUAUAUUCUGGAACUGGCUAUGGAGUUGGUGGAAGAAAGGGAUAAAGUGCAGCUUAGCCGAGAAUUUACAAUGCCCAACAUCUCCAGCAAAGGCACUAUACCACCACGUAUGCUGCAAGUACCCAAGAGUAGCUUGGUCACUGCCUUGCCUGAGCAAGCUACACCGUUCACCAAGGCGGAGAUGUAUAUGGACAAGGGACAUCUGGUCAUAGCGGUAAAAUUGUCACCUGCGGAAGCGAAAACUGUAACCGUUCACAUCCAACCUGAAUGUGUUAUCUUCACAUCGAAAGAUCAAAAAAAGCAAACUACGAGGUUUCCACAGCCUGUCGAUAUUAAUCAUGCUAAAAACACCGCGACUUAUCACCAGAAAAGUGAACACCUGGUUCUUCGCUUACAAGUUGCAUGAAUGAGUUGAUUUAUAGAAGUGUUUGUAACAGUAUUAUAAUUUUUCUUUGAAUAAACGAAAGGUUUUCUAUUGAUGUUCACAACACCUAUGUAUUUUCGUAAAACUUCCCGUUGUCUUUAUCAGAGACUUGAGCUGGUUAAUUUGUUAUUGACGCCUGGUAGAGAGAUGCGAAGUCCGAUC